UAAAUAGUGUUGCUAUUGAUAUUCACAAUGACAUUACAUAUAUAUCAGAUUCUUCUGGUAGUUUACUGUCCUUGUCAAAUAAUAAAACUCAAACUAUUUUAAUACUUCCUGCGAAGGAAAUUUUGUUAGAUAUAAGUUUUGAUUGGCUUAAUAAUGAAAUAUAUUUACUAAUAUCAACUUUGACUGCUAAUAAUAUUGAAAUUUAUAAUAUCAAAAAAUUUGACAUUAAGCAGAAAAAAUGUAUUAGUAUUAUUUCAGGUUUAGAAAAAAGGCCUAAUCAAAUGAAAAUAGAUCCAUGUAAUGGAUAUUUAUUUUGGACUACAAGUAAUGGACUUUAUCAAUUGGAUUUAAGUAAAAAAUUAACAAAAUUAGAUUUACCUCACAUUUUAAUAUUGCCUCACAAUGAUCUUGGGCCUUUCAUAAUAGAUUACUUGAAUUUUUGUUUAAUGAUAUUAUUUAAAAAAGAAAAUACUAUUAUGUCAGUAUCAUUAGAUGGUCAAGAAGUACUUGAUAUUAGAAAAAAUACUGCAAGAUCUGUAUUUGAAGGAGCAAUAACAUUAGUUUAUGCUAAUAGUUCAUUUUACUGGUCAAAUGGUUCAGAUUUAAUGGGAGAAUACCUGAUGUCACAACAAUAUUAUCACCAUAUUUACCCUAAUAUGAAUGUUAUUUACCAUUUAAUUUUAUCUAACUUUUCGGAUCAACAGCCUAUACCAUUACCUAUAAACCCUCCUCAAUCUCUCCAAGUAAUUGCUACUUCAAAUAAACUAAAAGCUUUUUGGCAAGCACCACAUUUAUUAGCGGGACAAGGGAUUAAUUCUUGGCAAGACUGGUUGUAUCGGCUUACAAUUAAUUUUGAAAAUGGAACUAAUUGGAAAACUAUUGAUGUUAAAUAUACUGAAAUCAUAAUUGAUAACUUAAUUCCGGGGACCAAUUAUUUGAUAAAAGUUGCUGCUUUUUCUUCUGUAGGACAAGGCCCAUGGUCAUCUGAGUUUGUUAUAAAAACUUUAAAUCAUAAUGUGUCAGUAUUGUGGGGAAAUGCAGAUCGAAUAUUAAUAUCUGAUAUAAUGGGCAAUUACAUAAAAACAAUUUUAUUAAAUGAAGGAGAAAAAACAAAAAAAUAUUCACUGUUAAAUGAUGUUGCAUGGUAUGAUGACCAAAUAUACUAUGUCUUAAACUCAAGUAAAAUAAAUUGGUUCAAUUUAACAAGUCAUCAGCAAGGUACAGUUGAAGGCAUUGACAGUGUUCAAAGUAUAGCAAUUGAUUGGCUUGGAUGUAAAAUUUAUUGGUCUGACCCAACAAAAAAAUCU